UGAGUGGCGGAGCUGGGAGAACUCGCUGCUCUCCUGUCUGUGAAGGGAGGGUGUGUGUGUGUUAGUUUGAUCCACCUGGAUGACAACGGCUUUUGAACUGUACGUUUAAUUUCUUGAAUUUACCGAAAAUUUAGCUCGGGUUUUGAAGUGUCACGGUGUAUAAUGGGAGAUCUGUGACGAUGUGGAUAUUUGGGAAUGUCAAAGUCAGAGUCGUUUUGGACUUCACUCAUUUCCUGUUGCUGAACCCUGACUACAACACUUUCCCUCGUCCCUGAAACUUCAUUGUGGGAUGAUAUAGUAUUUGGUAACGUGUGUGAAGAUGAGUGUGACCUCGUGGUUCCUGGUGAGCAGCUCGGGCACACGGCACCGUUUGCCACGAGAGAUGAUCUUCGUUGGCCGGGAGGACUGCGAGCUGAUGCUGCAGUCUCGCAGUGUGGACAAACAGCAUGCUGUCAUCAACUAUGACCCGGCCACAGACGAGCACCUUGUUAAAGACCUGGGCAGUCUUAAUGGGACAUUUGUGAACGAUCUUCGCAUCCCCGACCAGACCUACAUCACCCUGAAGCUCUCUGAUGUUGUUCGCUUUGGAUAUGAUUCUCAUGUUUACAUCAUGGAGCGGAGCCAACACAAAGUCCCAGAGGAGGCUCUUAAGCAUGAGAAGUACACGAGUCAGCUGCAGGUGGGUGUAAAUCCUCUGGAGUUCAGGAAGACGGAGCAGGUGGAUGAGAAGACCAGCGCUGCAGACAUGUUGCUCUCUAAACACGAAAAGAAUGAGCGCAAAUCCAACACAGAGCAAGCAGUCUUCAAGCCCACUCCGUUGUAUGGCCAGCCCUCAUGGUGGGGUGAUGUUGAUGAAGACCACAAGGGAGAGUCUGCAAAAUCAAGCAGCAGUCACAAUAGUGCAGAAAAACAGAAGGAAGACUCCAGACAAGAGGUUAAUGGACCAUCCCCUGAACAUCAAGGAAAGACCAUUUACUCCAGUCGAAGGGACGCAAGUUACUUUGAAAUUACCACCAAGGAAUUGCAAUCAAUGCCCAAAACUACAGAGCAAGAGGUGCAGGUGAUCCCAACAAAAGACACAGUGAAUAAAGCACCACCUACACCCCCUGUAGUGCAAAGCCAUGCCUCAUUUACCAUUGAGUUUGAUGAUUGCACUCCUGGAAAGAUUAAAAUCAAAGACCACGUUACGAAAUUCUCCUUCCGCCAACGCAAGAACCCCAGCAAGGAGUCACUUGUCACUCCGACGGAGGUGAUGUCAUCAGAGAGCAAGGUGGCUGAUUGGCUGGUGCAGACCGACACAAGCAUGAUGAGAAGAAAUUCCAGGUCAGAUGAUCUCUAUACCACCAAGAGUGACCUUUCCAUAGGCAAAAAUACUCUGAAGGAUGGACACCAUCAUGAGGAUGGAACACAAAGUGACUCUGAAGACCCAGUCUCAAGUCACCAGGACCUCUCAAGAGAGUUGACUCCCCAACAACUUUUCACUUCUCCAGACAGAGAGGAUCCUCCCAUGACCUCCACACCAAGGUGUCAAACUCAGCCUAAAAAGGACCCCCAGCAAGCAUUCGUUAUCAAUUUCCUUGACGAUGACGUGCGCAGGAGUCGCUCCCAGUCUUUUACCAAUAACGUGUCUCCAGCAGAAUCUCACGUGGCCCACAAAAAAAGAACAGAGAAGACAAAAGGAGCUAUCCAGUCUGGAGAGAGUUUACCUUCCUCAGCUGUACAGAACACACCAACUCAGCGCUUUACUGUUCCUCUCAAAGGUUCUGAUGGUUCGUCCAGAGCUGGAUUACUGAGAAGAGAGAAAAGUGACCUUCUCGGCAGUACUUCAAACUUUUCGUCACGCUCAGCUUCUUCAAGACCGUUUGCAAGCGUUGGUCGCAAGUCCAGACUGGCACUGGAUUUCAUGACCGAGUUUCUCAAGGUGUCAAAAUCAAAUUCCACAGCUAAGUCAGAGAAAUCGCACUCAAAAUCUUCCAGCAUGGUGUCAGAUCGUUCUAACCAGUCUCAACCCUCAGCCAUGGAUCACACCCAUGUCAUAUCACCUUCCCAACAGCUAGAACCAUCAGACCCACUUCAUAAAUCCACAUCUGCCAGUUGCACAGAUGGGAAGACCCCUAAAGGUUCCAAGCAAGAAGAGGAGGACACCUUGAGUGAUGCUGGUACCUACACCAUUGAGGCGGAGGCACGUGAUAAAGAGGUGGAGGAGGCACGUAACAUGAUUGACCAGGUUUUUGGUGUUCUUGAGUGCCCAGAGCACAGCAGUCAGCCAUCAGCAGCAUCAGAUUAUAGGUCUGUAGAGGGUGACAUGGAGGCCCAAGAUAGCCUCCCACUUAGUGAGAAUAGUCCCGGCCCAACACUGGGUCAUAAUCCAGGCUGUAGGGACACAGCCAUGGGUCCAGCACAGGUGGGGUCAGUGGCAUUGACUACUGGAGAAACUAAAUGGGUUUCGCGUUGGGCUAGUCUGGCUGACAGCUAUUCUGACUCGGGGCCAAUUUCUACAGAAAUCAACAUUUCUACACCGAUGGAUCUUUCAGGAGGUGGGCAAAUUAACCCUCUCUCGAUGCACAAUCAAACCAACGAGAGCACGGGGGCAGAGGACGGCCAGACUCAUAGAGCACGACGAAUUCUGCCUCAGUUGCCCACAAGAGUGGAGGGACAAGUGCCUCCACCUAGUAUUCAUGUAGAUUCAGAAUCUUAUCUGACGUAUGACGGUGUGGAGAGGAACAUACAAGGUUCACUACAAAAAGAUCAUCAGAAACUGUACGUCACGGAUGAUCUAGAUCCAGACAGUCUGAGCGAUGCUAGUAAGUCAGAUGAUGGUUCCAUCAUAGAGCUGGGUAGAAGAACUAGCACUGGGAAACCAGACAGGAUUUCAGAGGUUAAUUUUGAGGCAUCAUCUAAGCAAGAUGUAACUGUAGACAAAAUGGUAAAUGAUCAAGAUUGUUCCACAAAGUUCUCGACAGCCACCAUAACUAGACAGCACGGUAGCCGCAAGUCUGGCGAUUCCAGUGUUUCUCCACCGAACAAGGACGCCUCUGCAAGCACAGAAAGCGCAGUGUCACUCAUCAGACAAGAGAGCUUUACCAAACAUCGGCCCAGCGACGACGUUCACUUUAAGAAAUUGCCCCAUAUCUCAAGUCCAGAAUCUAACAAUGAUACAAAUGCGUUCAAAGGUGUGUGCAACCAAGACACUCAGUCUUACCUUAAAGAGACUGAGAAUGCGCUAGCUGUCUUAGAGGCCAAACUCCAUGUGCAGAAGCCCAACCGUGCCCCCUGCCCUCAGGAAGACUCACUUUCUGGGGAAUCAGAUGUAGACACGUCCAGUACAGUCAGUCAACGCAGUGGUAAAAAUUCUGGCACUUCUGCCCCUAGAAAGCCAGUGAUCCUCAGUGAGCUACUGAAAGGGAAAAAAACUCCUAGUCAGCGUGCUCGAGAGCAUAACUCAUCUGGAGAUCCACGGAAAGGCAGGGUUAGUUCAGCAGACAGUAACUAUAAGGAAUCAGCUUCUCAGGGCUCCAUCACACAUCAGUGGUCUGAUACUGUUUCAGACCAGGAGUUCAGCUCCCAACCUAUUAGAAAGUACACUGUCCCACUUCAGAAUGAAAGCUCGAGGAGAUCCAGCAAAGGUACAGUGGCCCAAGCACUAACUCGCUCUGGCAGCCUUUGUGCACCAAAACCUACAAGGACAUCCAUGCUACGCCGUGCACGCCUGGGCGAUGCUUCCGACAAUGAUGGUACAGAGACUGACCGCACCUCUCAGAACUCGGACCCCACCAGAACACAGGAGAGCAAAAAGCUUUCUCGACUGGAUAUAUUGGCACUGCCAAGAAGGAGAACCAGCUCUUUUACUACACCCAGUGAUACAGAGUCCUCAGCUGGUAGGACUGGCUUUUCCAACCGCUCAGAGGUAGAGUCUGGUUUCUCAGCACAUAAGGUUUCAGUACCUGACCCCAAGACUGGUACACAGAGGGGUUCUGGGACAACAGGCAGGCAACCAAUCAUCCGUGGGAGAUCCAGCAGUGCAAAAUAUACCAGCAGUACAGCCAGCUCCAGGAGGCGUCAGAAGGGCUCAGACUACGCCUCCACCUCAGAGGACGAGUAUGAAUCUAACCAUAGCAUCACUAAACAUAAACGCUCGCACCAUUCAGGAGCCUUGCACAGAACCCAGACUCUUGAUCUGCUUCGGCCUCCGUCCAGAGGCAGAGACUCUGAAGCAGAGGGACACGAGAGUGACAAUUACCAGAACUGGACAACUCAUAGUGCCGAGAUCGCCAGGCUGAGUCAGGACCUGGCUAAAGACCUGGCCAUCCUGGCGCAGGAAAUUCAUAAUGUUGCUGGCGAUGGUGAAUCUCCGAGUACUGCUGAUGCUGAUGCUGUGGAGUCUGUAUCUGCUCUGUCUGCCAACAAGGAGUUACGCCAACAGGUUCCUGAGACCAGCAUGAACUACUCUAAAGUUCUACAAAGUUCAGCUAUGGCCAGAAAUCCUGACCAGACUAUUAAUGAUCCAGGGCUCAAACACCAGAGCAGGAAACAGGAACAGGUUGCUCUGGACAAUUCCAUGCUGAAUCCUGUCUCCCAGCUUUCCAUGGCUAUCCGAGAAAACACUGAGCAACUGACCGAGAAGAUCAAGAUUUUAUUCCAUAAUAAGACAGAGGCGUGGGAGAGAAUAGAGACGAUGCUCGAUGCUGCUGAUGAUUCUCCACCUUUGGAAAGUCCAAACAAGGAAAUAAUGUCUAUAAUCCGAGAUCUCAGGGGAAUACAGAAGCGGUUAGAAGUCAUCAACACAGUCAUUGAACCCAGUGGAAAUGGAAAUCUGGUCAAGUCUUCUUCCGUAUUAAGCCACUCCUCAGCAGGGCUAAGCAACCUCAGAGCUUCUCCCAGAGACUGGAGAGCCACUACUUCCCAGCGGGCUGCAGGAUCCUCAGCCAGUUCUCGACGCGUUGGUAGGGGGAAUGAUGGUAGGGUUCUGUAGUAUGGGAAUAAGGAUGCUCUUCGUCUCCUAUGUUUCUGUAUGCCAUGUCUAUUAAAGCUGCUCCUUUGUACUAAUGUUCACAAUGGUGUAAGAAUCAGUUAUUGACGUAGCCUUAAGAAUGGGGUUCGGUAUUAAUGUGCGCAUUUGCACUUGAGCGUGUGUAUGUGCACGUGUGUAUAUACAUGCCUGUGUGUGUGAGUCGAAAGAGCACUUCUUGCACAGCAAUACAAGACUGAGAAUAUUUGCUUGAGUACUAGCGAUUAUAAUUAGGUACAGGCACAUCUGUGGGUGCCAUGCUUGUACUGUUUAAUAUUUAUAAUGACACUGUAUUUCACUUUAAUUAUUUUGUUAUUUCCCCAAGUGAUUGAGGUGAAAAUGAACUUAAAAAAAAGCAUUCAGCAUUAUUUGGGGUAUUUUCUAUGAUGGGAUUUAAUAAUAAAGUAAUGUAUUACA